AUUCAGUUUUAAAGGUUAUCUCAUAUAUUCUGUUCAUUUCAAUGGUUGGAGUAUCUUCCUUCCAAAAAAAAAAGGUUGGAGUGUCUUGAACAAAUUUUGACUCAAGUCAUAAGGAAGAAGAGAAGAAAAGAAAAUCAAUGGAAAUCUUAAUUUCUGUUGUUGGAAAAAUAGCAGAAUAUACAGUUGUGCCUAUCGGACGUCUAGCAAGUUACUUAAUAUUCUACAAAGAUAACUUCAAGACAUUAAACAAUCAUGUUGGAGACCUUGAGGCUGCAAGAGAAAGAGUGAACCAUUCAGUUGCAAGUGAAAGGGGAAAUGGUAGAGAAAUUGAAAAAGAUGUUCUGAAUUGGUUGGAGAAAGUGGACGGGGUCAUUAAAGAGGCGAAUCAGCUUCAAAACGAUCCUCGCCGUCCCAAUGGUGGGUGCUCAGCAUUGUCGUUCCCUAACUUGGUUUUACGUCAUCAACUAAGUAGGAAUGCCACAAAAAUUGCAACAGAUGUUGUUCAAGUUCAAGGAAAAGGGAUUUUUGAUCAAGUUGGUUACCUUCCCCCUCUAGAUGUAGUAGCCUCAUUCCCAACAAGAGAUGGUGAAAAGUAUGACACAAGGGAGUCGCUUACGGAGGACAUUGUGACGGCUUUAGCAGACCCUACUUCACGCAAUAUUGGGCUCUGUGGGUUGGGUGGGGUCGGCAAGACCACUCUAGUGGAGAAAGUUGCUCAAAUAGCCAAGCAACGUAAGUUGUUCGAUAAUGUGGUUAAGACAGAAGUAUCGAAAAAUCCAGACAUCAAAUUAAUUCAAGAGCAGAUUGCAGAUUUUUUGAAUCUAUAAUUCAAAGAGACGACUAUUCUUGGCAAAGCACAACGCCUAAGACAGAGAAUCAAGAUGGAGAAAAGUAUCCUUAUCAUUCUAGAUAAUGUAUGGACCAAACUUGAUUUGAAAAUAGUGGGGAUUCCAUUUGGUGAUGAACAUAAAGGUUGUAAAUUGUUGAUGACAAGUAGAGAUCAAGAUGUGUUGUUUCAAAUGGAUGUUCCAAAGGAUUUCUCUUUCAAAGUUGAACUUAUGAGUGAAAACGAGACAUGGAGCUUGUUUCAAUUUAUGCUUGGGGAUGUGGUCAAUGAUAGCAAUUUGAAAGGUAUACCAUUUCAAGUUGCCCAAAAAUGUGCAGGUUUGCCUCUCAGGGUAGUGACGGUAGCGGGUGCAAUGAAAAAUAAAAGGGAUAUCCGGUCUUGGAAAAAUGCAUUCAGACAAUUACAAAGUAAUGAUCAUACAGAUCAGAUGGAUUCCGAAACUUAUUCUGCUUUGGAAUUAAGCUACAGCUCAUUGCAAAGUGAUGAAAUGAGGGCUCUCUUCUUACUUUUUGCAUCACUGCCAGGUAAUGAUAUCGAAUACUUUCUCCAAGUUGCAAUGGGAUUAGACAUAUUGAAGCAUACAGUGGAUGAUGCAAGAAACAAACUUUACACAAUAAUCAAAUCUUUGGAGGCGACUUGUCUUCUGCUUGAAGUUAAAACAGAUGCAAAGAUCCAAAUGCAUGACUUUGUUCGUGAUUUUGCUAUCUCCAUAGCAUGUAGGGACAAACAUUUAUUUAUAAGAAAACAAUUUGAUGAGAAAUGGCCAACCAAGGAUUUUUUGAAAAGGUGCACGCAGAUCGUUCUCGAUAGGUGUUAUAUGCAAGAGCUUCCUGAAACGAUUGAUUGUCCAAACAUUAAGCUUUUCUAUUUUUGCAAUAACAAUCAAUCUUUAGAAAUCCCUGAUACCUUUUUUGAGGGUAUGAGAAGCCUUGUAGCGCUAGAUUUAACGUCUUUGAACUUGUCAUCAUUACCCACAUCAUUUCGGUUUCUAACAGGCCUUCAAACAUUGUGUUUGAAUCAUUGCAUUUUGGAAAACAUGGAUGCAAUAGAAGCUUUGCAAAAUUUGGAAAUUCUUCGCCUCUGGAAAUCUUCAAUGACAAAGUUGCCAAGAGAAAUAGGGAAAUUGACUCAAUUGAGAAUGCUUGAUUUAAACCAUUCAGGAAUAGAAGUGGUCCCACCCAACAUCAUAUCAAGUUUGACUAACUUGGAGGAGUUGUACAUGGGAAAUACCUCUAUUAAUUGGAAAGAUGUGAAUUCAACAGUUCAAAAUGGAAAUGCUAGCAUUGCCGAGCUUCGAAAACUACCCAACUUGACAGCUUUAGAAUUGCACAUUCGCGAGACUUGGAUGUUGCCAAGGGACUUGCAACUGGUGUUUGAGAAGCUGGAAAAAUAUAAAAUAGCUAUUGGAGAUGUAUGGGACUGGUCUGACAUUAAGGAUGGAACUUUAAAAACAUUGAUGCUCAAACUUGGUACAAACAUACAUUUGGAGCAUGGAAUUAAAGUAUUGAUUAAAGGUGUUGAGAAUUUGUACCUGGAUGAUGUAGAUGGAAUUCAAAAUGUGCUUUAUCAACUAAAUGGGGAAGGAUUUCCGUUUCUGAAACAUCUCCACGUCCAAAAUAAUGCAAAUAUGAAGCACAUUGUUGACUUUAAAAAUAAGAGGAAUCAAAUCCAUGUGUCCUUUCCCAUCUUGGAAACACUAGUACUUCACAGUCUUAAAAACUUGGAGCAUAUAUGUCAUGGUCAACCUUCAAAUACUUCUUUUGGAAAUCUCAGUGUUAUCAAAGUAAAAAAUUGUGUCCAAUUAAAAUAUCUAUUCUCCUCUGCAAUGGUUAAAGAACUUUCCCACAUUUCUAAGAUUGAAGUUUGUCGGUGCAAUUCUAUGAAGGAGAUAGUGUUCGGAGACAACAAUUCAAGUGCAAAUAAUGAUAUCACCGAUGAAAAAAUUGAGUUUCUUCUACUGCGUUCUUUGACUUUAGAACAUUUGCAGACACUUGAUAAUUUUUCCUCUUACUAUUUGACACAUUUGAGAAGUAAGCAAAAGUAUCAAGGUCUAGAGCCUUACACUUCUACACCAUUUUUCAAUGCUCAGGUUGAGUUUCCGAAUUUGGAUACCCUUAAAUUGAGCUCACUUCUCAAUUUGAAUCAAGUUUGGCAUGAUAAUCAUCAAUCUAUGUGCAACUUGACUUGCUUGAUUGUGGAUAAUUGUGUUGGAUUGAAGUAUUUAUUCUCCUCUACUUUGGUUGAAAGUUUUAUGAACCUUAAACACCUUGAAAUAAGUAAUUGUUCUAUGAUGGAGGAGAUAAUAGUUAAAGAAGAUAGAAAUAAUGCAGUAAAAGAGGUUCAUUUCUUGAAAUUAGAGAAAAUCAUAUUGAAGGAUAUGGACAACUUGAAGACAGUAUGGCAUCACCAAUUUAAAACAUUGAAGAUGUUGGAAGUGAACAAUUGUAAGAAAAUUGUGGUGGUUUUUCCUUCUUCAAUGCAAAACACAUAUAAUGAGCUUGAGAUGUUGGAGGUUAGAAAUUGUGCUUCAGUUGAAGAAAUAUUUGAACUGACUUUGAAUGAAAAUAACAGUGUAGAGGAAACAUCACAUUUGAAAGAGCUUAUUAUAAUUGGAUUGUGGAAGCUGAACAAGAUAUGGAGUGGAGAUCCUCAAGGAAUUCUUAGUUUUCAAAAUCUAAUAAAUAUACAUCUAGUUAAGUGUAUAAGCUUGGAGUAUCUGUUACCACUCUCCGUAGCCAUUCGUUGCUCACAUCUCAAGGAACUUAGUCUAAAAUAUUGUGUAAACAUGAAGGAUUGUUGCAGCGGAGGAGAAAGAAUCUAGAGCGAAUGAAGCUCCCAUAUUUGAGUUUAAUCAACUAA